AUGUUCCGCAACCUGCUGCCGCGGGCUACACCGCGGGCUGCCAUCCGCACCUCUGUCCCUUCGCAUUUCGUUCCUGCCACUACUCCUUCUUUCUUGGGCCUGUCAAAACGUGGCUACGCCUCUGAGUCUGGUGAACACGAUGUCGUUAUCAUCGGUGGUGGUGUCGCUGGUUACGUUGCUGCCAUCAGAGCUGGUCAGGAGGGUCUGAAGGCCGCAUGUAUCGAGAAGCGCGGUCGCCUCGGUGGUACCUGUCUCAACGUCGGAUGUAUUCCCUCGAAAUCCCUGCUUAACAACUCCCACCUCUACCACCAGGUUCUCCACGACACAAAAAAGCGCGGUAUUGAGGUUGGUGAUGUCAAGUUGAACCUCGAGCAGAUGAUGAAGGCCAAGGACACCUCCGUCGAUGGCUUGACCAAGGGUAUUGAGUACUUGCUCAAGAAGAACAAUGUCGAUUACAUCAAGGGAACUGGUGCCCUGACCGAUGCCAACACCGUCAAGGUCAACUUGCUCGAGGGUGGUGAGCAGACUCUGCGCGGAAAGAACAUCAUCAUUGCCACCGGUAGUGAGGCCACCCACUUCCCUGGCUUGACCGUCGACGAGAAGAGAAUCAUCACCAGCACUGGUGCUCUCUCUCUCACCGAGGUCCCCAAGAAGAUGGUUGUCAUUGGUGGUGGUAUCAUCGGUCUGGAGAUGGCUUCCGUCUGGUCCCGUCUCGGAUCUGAGGUUACCGUUGUCGAAUUCUUGGGCCAGAUCGGUGGUCCCGGUAUGGAUGCCGACAUCGCCAAGCAGGCCCAGAAGAUCCUGGCCAAGCAGGGCAUCAAGUUCAAGACCGGCACCAAGGUCGUCAAGGGUGAUGACAGUGGCGCCACUGUUGCCCUUAGCGUUGAAGCCGCCAAGGGUGGUAAGGAGGAGACCCUCGAUGCCGAUGUCGUCUUGGUCGCCAUCGGCCGCAAGCCCUACACCGACGGAUUGGGUCUGGAGAACGUCGGCAUUGAGAAGGACGACAGGGGCCGCCUGGUGAUUGACCAGGAGUACCGCACCAAGGUCCCUCACGUCCGUGUCAUCGGUGACUGCACCUUCGGCCCUAUGCUGGCCCACAAGGCCGAGGAGGAAGCCGUUGCCGCCAUCGAGUACAUCAAGAAGGGUUACGGCCACGUCAACUACGGUGUCAUCCCCAGUGUCAUGUACACCCACCCCGAGGUCGCCUGGGUUGGCCAGAACGAGGCCGAGGUCAAGGAGGCCGGUAUCAAGUACCGUGUCGGUACCUUCCCCUUCAGCGCCAACUCGCGUGCCAAGACCAACCUCGACACCGAGGGUCAGGUCAAGUUCAUCGCUGAUGCCGAGACUGACCGCAUCCUGGGUGUUCACAUCAUCGGCCCCAACGCUGGCGAGAUGAUCGCUGAGGCCACCCUCGCCGUCGAGUACGGCGCCUCUUGCGAGGACAUUGCCCGGACGUGCCACGCCCACCCUACCCUUGCUGAGGCCUUUAAGGAGGCUGCCAUGGCCACCUACUCCAAGGCCAUCCACUUCUAG